AUGUUCAGUAUUCUAGUGUCUUGUCUUCUAGCCUUCUCGGUCCCACAAACCGUUUUCGCUGAAAUCGGAGGUGACUUGAACUGUACUCAAUACAAUGGAACCAUGUUCGUGUACACCCCAUCCGCUGUUGCCUGCUCCAACUCGAUCUCUGAUGCUUCAUGCGAGGUACUGUACCCCACUGAAGACGAGCUUGGUUACCCAGCAGCGGGAAAUAGUGCCGGAAGACCCAUCGCAUGCUUCACCACCGCAGCUGAGACACCUGCUCCGGUAGACCCUGACAUGAAGAAGGCAGCCCUGUCUAACUGUGCAAAGACUUGUGGAUUCUGUUGCAUCACUGACGAUUAUAACUGCCCCAACGCUCAAUUCCCCCGCCUCAACUGCGCCACCAUCACCAACGCCCAAUGCCUCGACCCCAACUGGCGUACUAUUAUCGCUACCGACUGCCCGUCAGCUUGCGGAUUCUGUAACCAAGGAGGAUGCGUCGACGCUGUCGUUGACUGUGCCAACGAUCGCUCCAUCUGCCAAAGCGUUGGAAUGCAAGAAUUCGUCAACCAGAACUGCCAAAGAACUUGCGGUAGAUGUGGAUCGAGCACCGGUUCUCCAGGUGUUCCAGGAGGAGGCUCCUGCUCCACCUAUCAAGCAGAUUCCAGCAGCUCCUGCACUGCUUGGGCUGGAAACGGAUUCUGCACCAACACCUUCUACACUGAGGCUCAAAGAAAGAGCUUCUGUGCAACCACGUGUAGAAUUUGCUGA